AUCUAUAAGCGUGCGUGACAAUGUAAACAGAAUGGCUUACAGGCAAUUACAAUUGUUUUGUAAGAAAAUAUAAUUAAUCGAACAUCCCGUGGAUUGAGAAAAACUGAUAUCGUUGAUAAAAAAAAUCAGGAAAAGCUGGAGAGGAAGGGAAGUAGUAAAAACACAAAUACAAUAGAAAAACGUAAUGAAAAUUGCACAUCAAGUACAAUUCUAUUUUUAAUCAGUAAAAAAAUCAGUGAACUUGGUGCUUGAAUUUGCCAAAUAUUUAUGGUUUUCCACAGCCAUGUGGAUAUGAGAAUUACUUGAAUAUUUAUAACUUUGUCGUUAUAAAAGACUUCAAGCCGUUUAAGUUGAAAUGUUGACAAUUUUUUUUCUCUAAACCAGUACAAUAAUGAAUUUACAGAAUUAAAUUACUAUUAGUGGAUAAUGGAAGUGAGAGAAUGCUUAGAACUAUUCUGAGAGUCUACUGUACGCUGAAUAAGUCACUGUACAAUAUUCGUACACCCUAUGUUAGGUCUGGAAAUACCAAAUGUGGUCUCUUGAUAAGCAUGUAAUUUUAUUGCGCCACAUAUGCUUAUUAAUAAAUUAGCGAAUAGGUUGGUCUCUAGGAAUAAAGUUUAGAAAGUUGAGGAAAAAAUUUAUAGAGCAGCGGACGCACUUAUCCAUCCAUCAACAGGAGUCGUUUAAAUAAUUAAUUCGUUGAAACAAAGUUGGUAAUAUGGAAGCAUAAGAAAAUUUUGAUUUAGCACAAACUUGAUGGCUCUAACCAGGGAGGGAACCUAUGACUGGGCGGUCACGCUAAUACGUUCAUAUCUGUCAAUUUUCGGCCUCUGGAUAGAUCCAAACAGUUCAUCAUUAAGAAGAAAAUGUUCAUAUAUACCAAUUUGUUUUCUUAAUUGUUAUUUAUUUAUAUGUGUCAUUAUUCCGGAGAUGUGGGCACUGUACAGGAUUCGUAGGGAUAUGGAAUUGGUCAUCGGUAACCUGAUGGUUUCUUUGACUUUUUACCUGUCCAUUUUCAAAACAUUCUUCCUGCUCUACAAAAGAGAAGCAUUGAGACAACUCUUCACUAAAAUUGAGGAAGAUUGGAAGGCAAACAUGUCGAAGAAUGAGAGAAGAAUAUUGACCAAACAUUGGAAAUUGAUAAGAUACAUUUCCCUUUCUGCUUUUAUUAUUGCUAUAAUUGUGUCGGUGACGUAUCAUUCCACGGUGUAUUUCAAUUUUGUGGUGCGAGUUUUAACAAAUUUAACAGAUACUAUUCCCGGGAGACCUUUAGUAUUUUCCAGUGUUUAUCCUUUUGAUACUCAACCCUCACCUCGAUACGAACUUUUGCUAUUCGUUGAACAACUUGAAGGUACUAUUGCUUGUAUUACGGCCAUUAUACCUGAUGUUCUCUAUGCUGCAUUUGUAUUCCAUACUUGUGGUGAAUUAGAGAUACUUUCCAGUCGAAUUGAGAGAAUCAGUAAAAAUAUGCCUGAAAAUUUCAAUCAGUUCUUGAAAUCGUCCGUUACUCAUCAUCUUCGAAUAAUAAAAUUUGUGGACAAUAUUGAUAGUUUGUUCAACGGAUUGAUAUUAUUACUUAUCGUCUAUUUUACCCUUGUCUUUUGUUCACAAGCAUUUAUGGCAAUGACUGUAACGCUUCGAAGUGAUAACAAAGAUGAAAUGAUUUUGAAAUUCAUAUUUUUCAUCUGUUACACUGGUUAUUUAAUGUUUUUAAUAUUCCUCUACUGUUGGGCAAGUGAAACUCUCUCCAUGAAAAGUGAAGAUAUUCACAAUGCAGCUUAUAAUUGCAAUUGGAUUGACCUUGCACCAAAUAGAGCAAUUUUACUUCGCAUGAUUUGCCUUCGAUCACAAAAGCCUCUUGGAAUUACAGCUGGAAAAUUUCUCCCUGUGACUCUGAACACAUACGCUAAGGUGCAGUUAUCAUUACUACAAAUUUCCAUAUUUAAAAGACACAACAUUCUCUAUUUGUCGUUUAUUAGAAAAGGAAAAGUCUUCUCGUUUACAAGUUUCGAAGUUACAAAUUACAAGUCACUUAUAUUAGGUGAAAAGGUGUUCUUCCAAACAACCUCCAGAGAGGGAACCUACGACUGGGCGGUGGGGUUACUACGCUCGUGUCUAUCAAUGUGCGGCCUAUGGAUAUAUCCGAACAGUUCAGCGUUACAAAUAAUGUGUUCUUAUAUACCCAUUUGUUUGGUAAAUUUUUAUUUGUUCAUAUGUGUCGUAAUACCACAAAUGUGGGCAUUAUACAGAAUUCGUAAAGAUAUGGAACUGGUGGCUGGUAAUCUCAUGGUUUCCUUGACAUUUUGCCUGUCGAUAUUCAAAACAUUUUUUCUGCUCUUUAGAAGGCAAGUUUUAACAAAAUUCUUCAAGAGAAUUGAAGAAGAUUGGCAAUCUCACAUGACCGAGAAUGAAAGGGACAUAUUAACUAGACGUUGGAAACUCAUUCAGAACGUGUCAAUUGCGGCCUUUAUUAUCGCAGUUGCUGUACCUGUUAUCCACAAUUCUUGUGUGUAUUUCAAUUUCGCGGUGCGAGUGUUAACAAAUCACACAGAUAAAAUUCCGGGGAGACACUUGGCGUUCUCCAGUGUAUAUCCAUUUAAUUUUCAAUCAUCGCCUCGAUAUGAACUCAUGGUAUUUUCUGAACAAGUGGAAGCUAUUCUCACUUGCACAACAUCCAUUAUUCCUGAUAUUCUGUACGCUACAUUUGUGUUCCAUAUUUGUGGUCAACUGGAGAUAUUGUCUAGCAGAAUCGAAGAAAUAGAUAAAAAUACGAUGAAAAAUUUUACGAAAUUUUUAAAAUCCUCAGUGGCUCACCAUCUUCGAAUAAUCAAAUUUGUGAAAAACGUAGAUAACUUAUUCAAUCUAUUCAUAUUACUACUUGUUCUUCAUUUCACAAUAGUUUUUUGUGCACAAGCAUUCUUGGCAAUGGCAGUGACAGCUCAAGGUGGUAAAAAAGAUGAAAUAAUUUUGAAAUUUUUAUUUUUCUCGUGCUAUACCAGCUAUUUGAUGUUCUUAACAUUUCUCUAUUGUUGGGCAAGUGAAACACUCUCGACGAAAAGUGAAGGAAUUCAGAAUGCAGCGUUCAAUUGUGACUGGAUUAAUUUGCCACCUAGUAAAGCAAUAUUACUACGCAUGAUUUGUCUCCGUUCGCAAAAGCCUCUUACAGUUACCGCUGGAAAAUUUUUACCCGUUACUCUCAAUACAUAUGCAAAGCUCAUAAGAACAUGUGGAGGCUACAUAUCAAUGCUCCGUGCUUUAAAUAAUUAAGUUCAGGUUCCUUCACUCCGAUUUUCGUACAUAUGUUGCGGCACUUCCAACCAACAGCUUCUACCUCCUGAGAAUAUUACUGGAGAAGCAUUUUUCGGCGAUACUAAGAAAUUUAUGGCUGACUAGCUGACAAAAGUAAAUCAGGAUUAAGGUAGCCGACCAGUGCUAUGAGGAGAGAUAAGUAUCUAUUAAUAUUGAGUCCUUUGAAUACUUUUCUUCUUCCAGUGUAUACAAUCAUACCUUUCUUCUACCAGCACGUUGAUAGGUGUUAGACUUAGGUGUUGAGCUUGAUUGUCCCACACUAGUGGUAGAAACAAUUUCACGAACGCAUGACUUUUGAUUGUAUUACUUAAUUUGGCUGCUCGUAUUUUGUUUAGCUCUUAAUUUUUAACCUGUGUUUUAAGUUACAGUCAGUGAUAAAUAAUGUUAAGCAUUGCUAUAAUAUACUGAUAAAUAUUUAUUGGCAUUGUUCCAACCAGAAAAGCCGACUGUCAUCAUAUGACAGAUGAUUCAAUUGUAUUUAAUUGCAUUUAUCUUUUGCUUAAUUUAUUACUAGAUUUCCCAACUCAUACAGCAAGCACUAGGUGUAGCUCUAGUUUAUUAAUAUGUAUUUAACUUUUGGAGUAGAGAUUUCCGCAGCUAAUGUACAUCUAUCUACAGGUGACAGAUGUUUCAUUCAAAAAAAAAAAUGUUUUAUACAAUGAAUUUUUUUGCCUUUGAUAAUUAAUCAAUUUCGUUUGUAAUCAUGAAUUUGGAAUUUUAGAAAAUGCAUUAUACCCGGUAUAUCGUCCAACCGGUAAACAAACUCUGAUUGAGUUUCUUUAACAUGACUUCAAAAUUUCAAA